AAUAGCAAUGGUGGUGCCAACAGAGUUCAUGGACCUACUUCUGCUUUGAGUAGCUUCUUGAGGGAACAUGGUAUUCGGGUACCAAACCAAAGUAGAAGGGCUAGGCGAGAGAGAGAAUUGCAGGAGCAACAACAACAACAACAGGAGCAACAGGUACAAAAUGAGCAGCAAGAACAACAACAGGAAGUCUCUUUAAAUCGAAGGGUGACAAGAAAUCGGACUGCAGCAGCAAAUGGUUCAGGCAACAAGAAAAACGGCAAAGGCAGCGACGACGAUGAUGAUUACACCAGUGAUGAUGAGGAUGAUUAUAAUCCCCCCUCAUCGUCUCGAAGAGCAAUUACACCCGGUCGUGCACUUAUAUUGUUUUGUACUGAAUGCAAGUCGCGGUUUGCUAGAAAGCUCGAUGAAGAUAAGACUAUCACCACUUGUCCAAAUUGCCGCAACGGUGACACUUCUGCUGCUAAUAAGAAAAAAGCGUCGGUUGGGAGAAAAAAGAACAUUCCUAUUGUUCACAAACAAAAGUACUUUACGUAUGUUCCAUCAUUGCAAGAUAUAUGUAUUGGCAUCGUAGCCAAAUAUAUUGAAGAAGUAGAAGAUUUUGGUAUCAUAAGUGACGAAAGUGUCAAUAAGUUAGCCAAGAUUAUCUGUCGCAACCGCAAACUGAAUGAUUUGACUGCAAAGCUAUUUAUGACCCCUCAUCGAAAGCAUUUAAAGUUAUAUGACUGUACCAAUAUGACAGAAGACGCUCUGCUGAUGUUAUCGCAAUUCUGCUAUCAACUGGAGCGUUUGGAGCUGAUUUAUUGUGGUCGUAUGACGGAUAAGGUGUUACUUGAGGGUUAUGCAAACCGUCUACACCAACUCAAGGCAGUCAAUUUCUCUGGUGCUUUUUUAGUUACAAAAGAAGCAUGGAUAGCUUUCUUUAAGAAAAUCGGUUCGAGAUUAGAAUCUUUUGAAUUACGCCACUCUGCUCGGUUUGAUAAAGACUGUCUGAAGGCGAUGGUGCAAUAUUGUCCCAAUUUGACCUCUUUGAAGCUUGCCCAUAUUGGUCAACUAGAUACGGAUUGGUUAGCGUUGAUCGGACAAUUACAACAGCUGAAUACGUUGGAAAUUGCUUGGUUAAGUGAGGACAAAUGUUUACAAACAAAGGAUGUGAAUGAUCUGUUAGAAGCUGUGGGGGAAAAUCUUACUGAGCUAUCUAUUCGCGGUGGGCCUGAUUUGUCAGAUUCUAUUCUAACCGUUGGCAUACUGAAGAAUUGUCGUCAGCUCAAAAAAUUAACGCUGGAGGGAUGUGGACAGCUAACUUCUGAAGCUUUCGUAGAGUUAUUCAGCAAUUGGCAAGAGAACUUCAAGUUGACACAUUUGAAUAUUGCAAGGUGCCUUUUGGUAAAAGGCGAAGCACUCAAAGCAAUCAUAGACCAUUCUGGGAAAACUUUGGAAUACCUGAACAUUCAUAGUUUGGAGAAGUUGACACCAGAAAGUUUAGAGUAUAUCGCAAGCGAGUCAUUAAAGUCACUCAAUUGUGGAUUUGUACGUUCUAUGGAUGACUUUGUUUUAUUGAAAUUGAUCAAAAAUUGCCCCAAAUUAAAAGAUGUUCAAGUCUGGGGAUGUCAUGCCGUAAGUGUU